AUGGGUUAUGGUAACUCCUUUCUUUAUCUGGGGUUGAGACACGGUUGCCUUACUAACGGCUCUCAUGGAACGCAGAUCCAACUUUUCGUGGACCCCUUCCAUCGCAUGUUUUCUCUCGAUAAUAGAUCUAUCCAGUAUCCGUUUGCUGUUGUAGAAAGAGUCCCUGUGGUAUGGUCGAUUAUCUAUGCUGGUGUCGUCCCACUUCUGAUUCUGGUUUGCUGGGCAGCCAUUUUCCGCCCCAAACCAUACCAGGUUCAAGUCACUAUUCUCGGGCUACUCGUCGCGCUUAUGUUGACUUCCCUGAUUACGGACAUCAUCAAGAAUGCUGUUGGGAGACCUCGACCCGAUCUUAUCUCACGGUGUAUGCCCAAGAAGGGCACUCCGGCCAACACAUUGGUAGCCUGGACGGUCUGUACUCAGUCGAACAACCACAUACUCCAGGAGGGAUGGAGAAGUUUCCCCAGUGGUCACAGUAGCUUUGCUUUUGGUGGGCUAGGAUACCUGUCAAUAGCUGAUCUCUGGCGCUGCAUUCUGGCUUUAAUACCGAUGUUGUGCGCGCUGAUGAUCGCAAUCUCGCGCCUUGAGGACUAUCGGCACGAUGUCUAUGAUGUGACCUGUGGGUCUAUCCUUGGCCUGAUUAUUGCUCAUUUCUCCUACCGACGCUACUACCCUCCGUUGCGGUCUGUCGCCUGUGAUGUUCCACACGAGGCUUAUGAAAUCGUCGGUCCAAAUGGCUUUUCUAAACUGCCAGGCGAUGAGGAACAACAGAUCCAAGAACGAGGUCUAGGCUCACGUGGCUGGGAAGCCCAAACAUAUCAGCUGGAGGAUCUGCCUUCUCAUCACGAUCGGUUGCACUAUACGUCCUCGGCUACUCCUGCAUAG